AUGAAAAGGCCGAAUGUCACAAAGGCACUCAGCCAGGAACACCCUCAUUUGUCAGCCAUUGGCGACUUUGUCUCCAAGAUUGGGGACAAGAUCAAUGACUUCCUGGGCAAGGAGACCACCAAGGUCGAAGAGGAGGAGGUUGUCGAGGUCAAUGAUCGCGAGAACAUCGUCGUCGACCCCCUUCUAGAGGAUCAGGACCAAUGUGACGACUGCAAGGUCGAAGCCGACCGUCAAGAUUACAGCCUCAUCAACCCCUCCAGUCAGUUCAAGUGCGGACCCAUCCUUCGCUACCAAGAUAUCCACACCGCGCGUCGUCGCUGGAUCGGAUCAGUCCUUAUUGUCACCGACAAGGAGGAGCAACCCCCUCGUCUCGUCCUUCGUGAUCCCACCAAGGCUCGAGUCGGUUUCUCACACGCACGACAGCUCGAAAACUGGGAGGGCAACCGCUUCUACCGAUACGACAUCCAGUUGCAAUUGAUGGCUCAUCGCGAGAAGAAGAUCGAGUACUGGUUUGAGAAGGAAAAUGGGGAGAAGGUGGCCGAGCCCCAAAAGUGGAAUUUUUACGUCCCCGCGCUGGAGGAGGGCCACAACUGGGCCUUCUACUCCUGCAACGGCUUCACCUCCGAUGUUGUUGAUCCCGAGGGUGACCACCAUGGCGCCAACCCACUGUGGAACGAUCUAUUGGCGGCCCAUGACCAGAACCCCUUCCACACCAUGAUUGGAGGCGGAGACCAGAUUUACAACGACGAUGUCCUCGAGACGCCCGAGAUGGUCGAAUGGCUCAAGAUGGACGGCGAUGAGCGUACUGCGGUCGAGUUCAACAACGAGAAGCGUUAUGCGGUCGAGAAGUACUACUUUGAGCAUUAUGUGCAGCAUUUCAACACGGGUUCCUACUCCAAGGCUCUCUCGCUCAUCCCCUCUGUCAACACCUGGGACGACCACGACAUCAUCGACGGCUAUGGCUCCUACCCUCCCAAGUACCAGACCUGCGAGGUCAUGCAAGGCAUCGGUGCAUGUGCGGCGAGAUUCUACUUGCUCUUCCAGCAGCAUGCCAACGCCAACACGACAGACCACGCUGGACUCCAAACCUCGGCCUCCGGCAAGGGCUGGAACUGCAUCACCCACUUAGGCAAACGUACCUUGAUGGUCUUGCCCGAUACCCGUUCAGAGCGCUCCAAGCAGAUGAUUCUCUCGAACGAGACUUACGAAAUGCUCGAGACCGAGAUCCGCGCCAAGAUGUUGCCAACCACCAAGCACCUUGUCAUUGUCCUUGGGACCCCUCUUGUCUACCCUGCCCUGAAGCUCUUUGAGGAAGCUCUGGAGAAGCUCGGCGACAAGCUGUCGCGUGGAAGCGUCAUUGGCAAGGUCUUUGGUAAAUGCAAGGCCUUUGAUAACGUCCUUGGACAGUUUGGACCCGAGCUCUUGGACGACCUGGUUGACUCAUGGGCAUGCACAAUUCAUACGGAAGAGAAAAGGAGGAUGGUCGAGAUGCUGCAGGCUAUUGCUGUUGAGCGCAGUGUCCGUGUCACCUUUGUCGGAGGCGAUGUCCAUGUUGGAGGCGCUGGUCGCCUGUUCGGCAAGACAAGCCAAGACCGUUUGACUGAUCCUUAUGACAUGGUCCAGAUUGUCUCUUCCGCCAUUGUCAAUGCUCCUCCUCCUGGUGCUGUCAUCCAUGCACUCCACGCCAGCUCCAAGACCUACAGCCUGAACGAUUCUACAUCCGAACAAAUGACCGAGGUCUUCCACAAGGAUGUCGACGGCAACAUAUUGGAGAAGAAGAAGUUGCUCAACCGUCGCAAUUGGUGCGAAGUCCGUGAGCUCCUUGGAGAUCACCACCACCAGAAGCAGCACCAAGAGGACCAGCUGCUGUUCACCCUGCGUGUUGAGAACUUGGAUCACGUUAAUGUCACAAAGUACCCCAUUGUCGUUGACUACCUGCAUACCCGCGAGGAUUAA